AUGUUCUACCAAGGAACAUUGCAAGAGGGAAUCGCUCUUGCCGUGAGCCAGUCCAAGGCAGUUGUCUGCUUCGUUCGGGACGACGAGGAACUGAGCAACGUAUGGGAGAACGAAUACCUCGCAGAUGACCCUACGUUUGCGCGACUAUUUGUGGAAGAAGCUAUCACAUUGCGACUUCCGACGGGAAGCGAGGGAGCUACAUACCUCACAUCGUUCUGCCCGAUUCCAAAGUUGCCAGGUCUCGUGGUUAUCAGGAAUGGCAUGAUGCGAGAGUACAUUAUACCGGAGAUCUCGAAGGAUGAUUUCCGCGCGCGACUACGAGCCGUUUUAGAAGAUGAGAGGAAAUCGUCGCAAGUUCCACGACAGACACAGUCCGAUGUUGGGCAUAAUUCUGCUGCUUCGCCUGCUGCACCUACAUCUGGACCAGCACCUGUAACUCAGCUAGCCACGUCUGCUCCUCAAGUCGCGCAGUCGCAACCUCAAACCACCCCGGCGACAAAUGAGACGAAGAGACAUCGGGAUGAAAACGAACGUGCUGGAAAGCCGUCUGGCCAAAAACAAGAACCACCGAGGCGAGCGACACCAAGCAAGACUCCAUCGCAGAAACCACAGCAACAACAAGAAAGCCGCAUCAAUCAAACCAAGCAACCCGACAAAAAGACCCCUCAGACGCGCAAAGCAGCACCAGAGCCUUCCACUACCAGCAAAACAAGUGACACAGAAGUACGCCCGAAACCAGCCCUAGCACCUCCGAAAAAAUACCGUCUCCAAAUCCGUCUAUUUGACGGCAGCUCCAUCCGUUCGAGUUUUGAUCCCUCACAAACUAUCAGCAAAGACGUCCGUCCCUGGCUAGAUGAUCAAAUGGAUGAGAAGCGGCCAUUUAACCUCAAACACAUUCUCACUCCCCUACCAAAUCGCACCCUCACAAUCGCCGACGAAGAACAGACACUGCAAGCGUAUUUAGGCCUUGGAGCAACCGCCAACCUGGUCAUGGUCCCCAUUCAGUCCUAUACAGAGGCAUAUACGGGCUCAGGGUCUCUACCCGUGCGAGCAGUAAGCUCUGCUUAUGACCUGGCUACUUCUACAGUGGGUGCUGCAGCGGGGUAUGUCGGCUCGUGGUUCGGGUAUGGACAGACUUCAGCAUCACAGGGCUCUCCUGCUACCGAACCUUCUUCAGCAUCUGAUCACACUGGAAGGACAGCAUCACGACUUGCAGGGUCCCGAGGACCAAAUAUCCGCACCUUGGCUGAUCAGCGUAGAGAACAGGGCAAUAAUCAGUUCUAUAACGGAAAUCAGCUUAACUUUCAACCACGCGACAACUCUGACCAGCGAUGA